AUGAAGGACUGUCGAGUACAUCGGUGGUGGGCGCAAUACUUAGAGGCGGCUGGUGAUUUGGCUGAAGCCAAGGUAUUCUACCUGCGUGCCAAAGACUAUCUUUCACUGGUUCGUGUUCACUGUUGCCUUGGUGACCGGAAGACGGCUUCCACCAUCUGCACAGAAACUGGGGAUGCCGCAGCCUGUUACCACCUAGCGAGACAGUCUGAGGCUGAUAAUGAUAUAGACCAGGCCAUCCAUCUCUACACUAGAGCUAAGGCGUACACAAGUGCCGUCCGUCUGUGCAAGGCAAGGCGAAGCAAUGAGCAUGAACGCCACGAUCAUCUAUUCAGUCUUGCCCAACUUGGUCGCACUGUGGACAUGAUCGAUGCAGCUAGCCAUUUGGAACGAGUACCUGGGUAUGCUGGAAAAGCCGUCUUGUUGUACCAUAAGGCCGGCCUGAUAUCGCAGGCCAUACAAUUGGCCUUUCGUGAAUGCCAAUUCUCUGCCCUACAGACAGUCACAGCCAGUCUUAUGCAGCAGGCUGAAGAGGCUGAGCACGAAAUGGAGACUGAGGGACUUCAUGAGGACGGCAGCAAUGACAGUGGCAGAGAUAAUGGUGUCGGAUUCGCCGUUGGUUGCAGUGGUUAUGAAGUAAGAGCUGAAAAAGGUAGAGUAACUGAGCGUCUAGAUCCAGCUCUUCUGCGACAAUGUGCAGACUUUUUUCUCAAAAACAACCAGUUUGAUCGAGCAGUCGGUCUAUUGGCUGCAGGCAGGCAGGUAUGUUUUUACGUGCAUCAUUAA